AUGCCUACAAGCAAGCCAAAGCUCGCGCAGUUGACUACUCCAGUCACGGCGACCUUCCCUUCAGAGCUCUCUGCUCUGUCGGCCAAGACGCCUCUAUCCGCAGUUCCAGACUUUAUCAAGGAAGAAUUUCCCGGCAGCGCUAGGACUCCUAUCAGUCCACCUACAGCCUAUAUGGAUUUCCUCAAGGCCAUGUCCAUACCCUCGCCAGUUAUUCCAGAGAAGAGAUCAUCGGGAACGAGCACGCCAGAAGAUGAUUCUACACAAAAUUCAGUACCAUCUACCGCUAGCAGCGAGCAAACAGACUGCUCGUGCAAGUGUGGCAAUCAUAAAUCACCGGCCGGCAUCCCGCCGAGCCCUUUUUCACGUCAACCAAUGUCCGCACCACCUGCGGGAGCAACAUCGUUCCCUAGCCUUCAUAUCCCACCAUCCCCCGCCUUAUCAACGAUAGAUUCACCGCUAAGUGCCACGGCACGAUCUCCAUUCAGCGCGAGAUCAGUACGGUCACCGUUUGACUGGGAGGCGGCAUUGAAGUCUAGGUAUUCGCAGGAUUGCAGAGCACACAAAUCGUCAGGGAAGAGUGUAAGGCAUAUUCGAGAGGUUGUCACGAGAACCGUUACGUAUACGCCGAGAAUGGACCCGGCGCCAAAGGGCAAGAGAAGGAAGACGACGCAUCUGGACUGCUCGAAGGCACAAGCAGCAGCGGCAACGGCAACGGCGGCAGCAGCCCGAACUAGCGCGGUCUAA